AUGUCUAUUGCCAUGGAUAGAGCGAUGAUGGCGCUCAACCUAGAAGAAGAAGACGUGCCUUUCAAGAUGCCAACACUACCUGGGUUUAGCUCGGCUGAAGAUAACAAACUGAGUCUGAUAGGUCGAGUUCUAAACCCAGAGUGUCAAAAGAUGUCAAACUUGAUAUACAGGAUGCCAAGGAAGUGGGGAAAAGAAGGAAGAGUCCGUGGGGUUGCUCUGUCUGCAGAACGUUUCCAAUUCUUCUUUCAAAAGGAGCAUGACCUCUUAGAUGUUCUUGAGAAAGGGGUCCAAACCUGCAACGAGUGGGUUAUUGUGCUGGAACGCUGGGUGGAGAACCCUCCAGAAGAUUACCUGCAACAUGUGCCUAUUUGGGUCCAAAUCAGUAAAAUCCCGGUGAACCACUACACUGAGAAAGCUCUUACGGCAUUGGGGGAUAUCGUGGGCGAAACCAUGGUUGUUGCUUACGACCCAUCCAAGCCCAUUACUCAGCCGUUUGUCAGGGUUAAGGUUAAGUUCAACGUCGCGAAGGCUUUGCGACCCUCGAAGGUGAUUGAUCUGGGGGAAGGAAAAACAGCUGUGGUUCACUUUCACUAUGAAAAUAUCCAGAAGCGCUGUUUUACUUGCUUCCGUCUUAACCAUGAGAAGUCAAUUUGCCCUCUGACGGUGAAUCGACGCCGAGAGGAAGCCAGAGUCAGAAGAAUGAAAAUCCAAGAGGAGUUAGCUCUAAAGCAGCCUAUUAUCCAGCCUCAGGACCCACUGUAUGGAGUUCUCUCCGAUGACCAGGUGGGGAUAAACCCUGAUACAGGCCGUCCUCGAAUUGCUGAAGAAGUCCUACAGGAGAUGAGAAGGUACCUUCUUGCCAACACAGGGGAGGAUCAGGCUAUCAAGAUUGACAGAGUCAUAAACUCAGUCAAAGAAGCUGAGUCUGAUCCGAUGGUGCAAAGAGCUUGCCUUAGGUUGGAGGCUCCUCCUGAGUUUACCAAGAUCUUAACAGAGAAAAAGGCCUAG